GCCGAGGUCGUUUUUUUUCCGGCGCAGUACCCUGAGAUGCUGAUGCUGAGCAGCGUCGUUGAUGUGUAGUAUCGUUUUGUCUCCAUGUUCACCGACAUGUUGUGUUGUGUUGACCUGUGUCUGGGUGGCCUUGUUUUGUUUUUAGCCGGGCUACAGGAGGUGGAAGCCGCGGCCACCGCGGACAUGAGCAAUCUGAACUGGAAGCCGUUCAUCUACGGAGGGAUGGCCUCAAUUGUCGCAGAAUUCGGGACAUUUCCUAUUGACCUGACCAAGACCCGGCUGCAAGUUCAGGGCCAGUCCCAAUACACAGAAGUACGUUACAGAGGCAUGUUCCAUGCCCUCUUCAGGAUUGGCAAAGAGGAAGGCAUCAGGGCACUGUACUCUGGAAUUUCCCCAGCCCUGCUGAGACAAGCUUCUUAUGGGACAAUUAAGAUAGGAACCUACAACUCUCUGAAGAGGUUGUUUGUAAGUCGACCUGAAGAUGAAACCAUGGUCAUCAAUGUCUUCUGUGGUGUUGUAUCAGGAGUCCUGUCCUCCUCCCUGGCUAACCCGACUGACGUCCUCAAGAUCAGAAUGCAGGCACAGGGGAGCCUGCUCCAAGGCAGCAUGAUGUCCAACUUCAUCAACAUCUACCAGACAGAGGGCACCAGAGGACUGUGGAGAGGUGUCAUUCCCACAGCACAGCGAGCAGCCAUUGUUGUUGGUGUAGAACUUCCUGUCUAUGACAUAACAAAGAAGCACCUCCUUCGCUCUGGCCUCAUGGGAGAUACCAUUUUGACACAUUUCAUUUCCAGUUUCACGUGUGGCUUGGCAGGGGCACUGGCAUCUAACCCUGUUGAUGUGGUUCGAACCCGGAUGAUGAACCAACGAGUUCUGUCAGGAAACCCCAUAUACAAAGGAACACUGGAUGGACUGAUGAAGACAUGGAGGAAUGAGGGCUUCUUUGCACUCUAUAAGGGAUUCUGGCCUAAUUGGCUGCGACUGGGGCCUUGGAACAUCAUUUUCUUCAUCACCUUUGAGCAGCUGAAGAAGCUCCCGUUCUAACCCACAGAAACUGCACUCAUCUGCUCGGCUUUGUUAGGAAUAAGUGGAGCAAGGAUGACACUGUCUGGAUUUGUGGCACCAAAUACAAACACACUCCCUACUGAUAUUUUCAAUAAACACUCUACUCUCUGACUUUGCCCUUUUAAAUGCUAUGUUUGUUUGCCCUGAAGGUCUUGCAGACUUAUUUAUUUUAUUACCAAGGUUUAUUUAUGUGUGUUUGUUCAGUUUUGAGGACUGUUACUUUUGAUGGUUCCUCUGACACUCUGUCAAAUGUGACUCCCUCUCCCCCACCUCCCCCAGGCAGCUAAAUGAUUGGUUGUAGCAGAAGAUGGACAGUUUGGAGGAGCUAGCUUUAUUUCCUUUGAGCUGAUGAGAAA